AUGAGUAUCAAUCAAUGGGAUCACAAGCGGCACCAUAAUCAAACGCCCCAAAACUCUGAAACUAACAUUUUUUACACCAACGGUGUUCCCCAAGGCUCUGUUCUUGGCCCUACGCUGUUCCUCGUAUACGUCAAUGACUGCGCAAACGAACUGAAUUGCGAUGUCGCAAUGUUUGCCGAUGACAUAAAGAUCUGGAGUACCAUACGAAGCGAAGUUGACGAGGUGCGACUGCAGACAAAUCUGGACCGCCUCGAGCAAUGGUCGAAAGACUGGCUUCUACCGUUCAACGUAAACAAGUGUACUUUCCUACGCGUCGGCAGAACCAGUUCUCCUAACCACACGGUCUACCGUCUGACUGGCAAACCACUGCAAGAAGUCGACGCCCAGAAGGACUUGGGUGUAUGGAUCACAACCUCGCUUAAGCCUUCGCUGCAAUGUUCAAAGGUGGCCAAGUCGGCGAUGUCCAUGCUAUACCUUGUCAAACGGGCGUUCUCCUCCUUUGAUGAAGACUGCUUCGCCAAGGUCUUUCAAACUUUUGUGCGACCGCAUCUGGAGUUUGCUAUCCAAGCAUGGCGACCCUGGACCGCUAAAGACUUGGGCAUACUCGAAAAAGUUCAACGGCGAGCAACGAAACUUGUAUCUGGGCAGUGGUCACUACCCUAAGAAACGCGAUUAGCUAAUCUUGACCUCUUUCCUUUGAGUUACAGACAGCUACGUGGGGACCUGAUACAAGCUUUCCGCAUCGUGCGCAAUCAUGGCUGCUGCCUCGCGUUUGGAGACUUCUUCGAGUUGGCGACUACGACUAACCUGAGAGGCCAUCCACUCAAACUGCGUGUGGCUGGUGUCCGGCUAGACACCCGAAAGUUCUUCUUCUCCAACAGAGUGGUUGCAGCUUGGAAUGCCUUGCCUGAGGAUGUUGUUAUGUCAGGCUCGGUAGAUACUUUUAAAUGGAGACUAGAUCAGCAUUGUAGCGCGCACCACAAUAACGCCGGACUACGGCCACCUUGACAGCCAACGCGGACAAUUAAGUGUUAUAACGAUGCUACUACCAACAUUUAAGUAAUAUAUGUUUAUGUUAUUUAUUAAGCCUGGGCCACGUCGCACUCCGCUGUUCGCAUUCACCACGAUGCCUGUAGACUAAACAAUUUUAAUUCUUCUCCCGUGUCUUAAGUGUGCCUCAACUGUACGCUGUAUUUUGACCAACAAAGCAAGUUAAUGUGCCUCUAAACUCUGUUAACGCAUGACGUUCUGCGUUAAUCUGUACAGUUUUUGCUAUUCCCCUCGCAUUUCUUUCAUGUUACUUCAUUUCCAUUUCCUCCAUAUAUAUCCUCUGCAUGUAACCAAUAGGGAUUUCAAAGGUACACACCUACUUUCCCUGAAAUAUACUGAUACUGAUACAUACUGAUACUAACGUGCAGAGUAUAUUGCCCAAGUUAGACGAACUGAAAAUCCACAUCUGUGACCUUUCCCUUGACAUUGUCUCUUUGACAGAAACCUGGCUGUCUGAAAACGUGGAUGACCGCGAAUUAAUGCUACCAGGAUUUCAAUUGUUUCGAAGAGACAGGAGAGAGCGUCAGGGAGGAGGAGUCGUCACGUACGUAAAACACGGCCUGCUUGUGUCAGAAAAAACAGAACAGUUUGCCUGCAGCGCCGAGACUAUCUGGCUCACUAUAAGGGUACCAGGAUCACAUAGCCUUGAAGUUCUGACCGUCUAUCGACCACCAAAGAGUGACCCCGAGGCUGAAGCUCGUCUGUUAGAGGAGCUAGGACGAUUUGCUCUCCGGCCUGACGUCCUAAUCAUGGGCGACUUCAAUGCACCGCUCAUUAAUUGGAGUUCACUAUACGCGCGCGGCCCAGAACUAGCUUUCGACCGACGCUUCUUGGACAUGGCACUCAGGUCAUUUCUCACACAUCACGUCCUAUUUCCCACAAGGGCCCGUGAGGGGCAGCAGUCAAACUGCUUGGACCUGGUGCUCACGAAAUCGAUGGACAGCAUAGAUGAGGUACAAUGUCUGCCUCCCUUAGGUCGAAGCGAUCACGUUGUACUUCAAUGGGACUAUUCAAUCUUUUCCGUGCCUGAACAGCCCACCAAAAUUAGAAGAAAUAUUUGGCGUGUGGACUUCGAUCAAAUGAAGGCCGAAAUCAACAAUACGGACUGGGAAUCAGCGUUUUCCGGAAAUAUAGAGGAGAAUUGGAAAUGGUUCAGUGAAUUACUGCAUGCUCUCCUGACAAACCACUGCCCGCUUUCGCGGAAGGGGCUAAACAAACGACCCCGGUGGCUGGCCCAGGCGUUAAAAAAGGAAAUAAAUAAAAAACAGAGAUUGUGGCAGAAAUCUCUUACUGAUGGGACUCCUGUAUCCAUAAACGCAUACAAAAUGCAGAGGAACUUAGUCAAGCGGCUGACCCUCAGGACACGGCAAAAUUUUGAAAAAGACCUAUUGAAUCGUGCUAUGGAAAAUACAAAAUUAUUCUACAGCUACAUAAGAAGCAGCACACGAAACAGAGAUCCAAUCCCCCUCCUGAAGACUAGCGGAGACGUAGAGAUUAGUGAGGAUGGAGAAAAAGCUGAGCACAUUUCACAAUUUUUCAAAUCCAUCUUUACUAGUGAAAGUCCAUUUACUCCCCCCGACUACGACUUCGAUGAGGGUCCAAAAAUUGAGUCUGUGUCUUUUGAUGAAGCGACGGUUCGCAAAGAGCUAAUGACGCUAAAUGAGUCGAAAUCACCAGGUCCAGACGACAAACCGCCUAAGUUACUGAAGGAGCUCGCUGCCGAACUAGCCAAACCAUUGUCCAUGCUUUUCCAAGCCUCGUUCGAAGCCGGCGGCUUGCCCGCCGACUGGAAAUCUGCGCGGAUCACACCAUUGCAUAAAGGAGGCAGCAAGGCCUCUGCAAAAAAAUUACAGGCCAAUUAG